UAAAGCACAUGAGGCUUGAGAGCAGCUGUUUCCGGUGGGAGGAGCUUGACGUUUAAGCGCCAGAAUUUAAGAAUUUAAUGUCCCGCCUGUUUCUCUGCUAACUGACUGUAACUGUACCGAGUGUUAUUGUACAUUUCUGCAAUAUUGCAUGAAGAUAAAAUGUCUCCCACUGCCAAACGAGCCUGUCCCAGUCCUCUGAACGACAGCCUGGAGAAAAGACUGAAACGCAUCUCCAUUGAAGGAAACAUUGCCGCAGGUAAAUCCACUUUUGUUCGCCUGCUGGAUGAACAUGAUCGAGAAUGGGAGGUAGUACCGGAACCCAUCGCUAGAUGGUGCAAUGUACAAACUCACCACAGCGAGCAUGAGGAAUUGACAACCUCUCAGAAGAGUGGAGGAAAUGUGCUGCAGAUGAUGUACGAGAAGCCCGAUCGCUGGGCCUACACCUUCCAGAGUUACGCCUGCAUGAGCCGCAUCCGCUCGCAGAUCAGAUCCACCAACGGAAAACUGCGAGAGGCCGAGAAUCCAGUGCAGUUCUUCGAACGAUCCGUGUACAGCGACAGGUACAUCUUUGCCUCUAACCUCUAUGAAAGUGAGUGUGUGAAUGAAACCGAGUGGGCGAUCUAUCAGGACUGGCACAGCUGGCUGCAUAAGCAGUUUGGGAAGCACAUUGAGCUGGACGGCAUCAUUUACCUGCGGGCAAAACCAGAAAGGUGUUUGGAGCGAUUGUAUUUAAGAGGAAGAGACGAGGAACAGGGAAUUCCACUGGAAUAUCUGGAGAAACUCCACUAUAAACAUGAGAGCUGGCUACAGCACAGGACUAUGAGUAUGGAGUUUGAGUAUCUGAAUGAAGUGCCGGUUCUUACCCUGGAUGUCAAUGACGAUUUUAAAGAUGACAAGAUCAAGUGUGCUGAUAUGAUCGAGAAGGUGAAAGAAUUUCUGAGCACCCUGUGAUUACGAUGAGAAAAGGUGCAUGUUGGACAGAAUAAUUUAACAUUGUUUUUUUUGUUUUUUUAAACCAUGAACUUUUGUGUG